AUGCCUUGUGGAAAUGGAGCGACUGUAACCAAGCGCAAACAUGGCGUCUGCGGGCCAAGCUUCUACUUCUUCUCCAGCCUGUUGGUGGCCCUGUGCUGUCUGGAGCCGUGGAGCCUCGGCUCGCAGACGGCCACCGGCAGGAGCUGCACACCGUGUCCCGUUAACUGCAGCUGCUCGCCGGCGGGGCCCCAGCAGAGCUGCGUGGUCAACUGCUCCAACGUCGGCCUGGAUACGGCCCCUGGAGCGGCAGAUAUCCCGCUGUUCACCACUGUACUAGAUCUCUCCAAGAAUCACAUCACGUCCCUUGAUACAACCUUGCUGAAUCGACUCCCUGGCCUUCGGGAGCUAUAUCUACAAAGUAACAGGAUUGUGAUUCUGCCCAGAGGAGUAUUCUGCUAUGGGCCUUUGACAGUCCUGGAUCUGAGCAACAACCAAAUCACUAAAAUAGAAGAAAGAAUAUGUGACGACCUGUGCAAUUUAACACAAAUUGACCUAAGCAGCAACCCCUUUGACUGUGACUGUAAACUAUUCCACUUGGUGAACUGGCUCCAGGAUAAAGGGGUACGAGUUCGAAGGCCUGACGACAUGGUCUGUAACCACCCUCCUGAGCUGCGUCACAAACCUCUGCUCAAUGUCAGAGUGCUCACCUGUGGACUUAACUAUGCCGCAUGUCUUGAGGACAGCAGUAGCGGAGGAGGGGGGCGGAGUGAGCUUGUCAUCUUUUCGUCAUCUACACCAGGCAACUUUACUCGUGAACAGUGUAACAGCAUGUGCUUCGCUGCAUCGCACCGCUAUGGCGGCCUGGGAGCAAGGCAGGAGUGUCUAUGCAGUACAAAUUCGGAGCCCAACUUCAUCAGUGAAUCUCAGUGUUCUGCUGCCUGUAGCAAUCCCAGUGUCAUGAAGGAAUGUGGGUGGACUCUGGCCCAUGAUGUAUUUGCAGUGGACUUCUCCAUCUUACUCAAGGCCCUCCCAUUGCAAAGUGUUCACGACCGCAUCAAUUUCUCAGCUGUCUCUUCCGUAAUGCCAGUAGCCCUAUCCUGGGAGUUUGGUGACCUCUCCCCUCGCGUCAACACCACAGUAACAAAGGUCACCUCAGCAACGCACAAAUACGGACUUCCAGGACAGUAUGUGGUCAGUUUGAUAGCCUGGGCUGGGCACAAAGAGGUAACUACACGAGGCGAGGUAUCGGUGGCGUUUCCUUCUAAGCUGGAACUGCACUGCCCCCCUCUUACUGUAGUCAAUGGCAGCCUAGAAGUCACACUUUUCAGCUGGGGAGCUCUUGGCCUUGAUGUUGACUGGAAGAUUUCAAAAGAUGAUGUGCAGGUCGCUAAAGCUUCUCCGCACUGUCCAAAAGAUGGGGUCUACCACAUCGAGUCCUCGUGCUGUUUCCAGAUUGUUCCAGGGGAGAUGAGUUGGACCGAUGCUCGCCGACAAUGUUUAGACCGCGGUGGGGAUCUGGCAAUAGUCAGAGGUGACACGCUGCGCAACCUGCUGGCUCAUAAAGUCACACAGGAACGAGGAGUGUGGCUGGGCUUGAGCAAUGUCACUUCCCCGGGCAGACUGCGCUGGGUCAAUGGCUCUGAGGCCCAGAAUGGAGAGGAAGGCCUGCAGCCUCGUUUCUCCAUCUCCCGUGGCAAUUUUUGUGUUUCCCUUGAUCAGCGAGCUCAAACCAGUCAGCACCCAUGCAACACCAAGCGUGCAUUUGUCUGUCAGUAUAGCCCUCAAGUCCGAGUUCCAGAUGCAGGGGUUUACAUGGUUGGCCUGGCGGUAUUUCCCUCUCAUAAUUCGUUGCUUCGAGUGUCUGUUGUUCCAUUCUCGACUGCGCAAACAGCCAGCACUAGCAUAGAGUUAAUGCUGUUCCCAGCUCUAAGCUUUGUUCAGCCAGGUCGCCUGUCUUCCCUUGAGCUUGUAAUGCAGGAGCGCAGCUCACACGUCCAUGUCCGAUUCCAAGUCUACCGACCACAAUGUCAUUAUGCCGGCCUGCACCUGCUUCUUCCAAGUUGUCACGGUCCAGUUUGCUCACCAGUGGCUAUAUGUGUUGCGGAGGACACCAAAGACAAUAAUCCACGCUCUUGCCCCCGACUACAACAGUGGUGUCCAUUCCAAAACCGAUGCCUGGACCUCUCUAGUCCUUGUCCACCCUCCUCCUGUCCUAAUUGCACCUACGCUUUCCACCUUCCACCUGGUGCUCGGAGACCUCAAUAUAUCCUGCAAGAUGAGGUGGCUUUCACCCUGCCCGCAGGACCAGCUGCACAUGCUCUGGUGCAAGAGCAGUUAGAAGACCUCUUGGUUUUUGCUGGUGACAUCAUUGGCCUUCAACACGAUGCUGGACCAGCAUCCCUCCUUCACUGCCAGUCCAGUCCCAAUUCACUGUGGCGACAGUCUGUUUUUGUUGUCAACCAUUCUGAAUGGAACUUGAUUAACACCAGCAGAGAGUCAGCAGAAAGUUCAGCUGGCCACGGUCUUGACCCUCAGCCCCAUCUCGUCCUGGAAUCAUUGAUGGAGGCUGGUGGAGGAGGCUGGCUGGAGGAAGUGGUAUGCCCCAUCAGAGUGCUGUAUGUGGGACACAGUGAGAUCCUGCUGCAGGGUCCAAAGUUAUCUGCUGGUCUAUCCCAACCAGGACUCUAUACUCUGCAGGUGAGUUCUGCUGAACCAUCAUAUCCAGCUUCAGCAUCAUGCCCAUUGCUUGUGGUUCCUCCUUUGGGCUUAACCAUUUUGCACCCACCUCUCUGGAAUGGCAGCCUCUAUCUUCAGGCUAAUAGCACUCGCGUCCUACUCCAUGUCCAGUCCCGUUAUAGCACGAGGGUAUCGCAACGGGGAACUAAUCACAGUGUUACCUUUCAGCCAGACUGUCCUUCAAUUUUUUUAUCCAGCCCCACACUAUGCAAGCCGAGGUCACAUUCAGGGACAGAGGUCACAGAACCAAGCCUGUAUGCAAUACUGGAUCUAAGCUUGGUUUCUAAGGAGCAAAAGGAUCUUAUUCAUGUGGAGCUGCAUGCCUAUAAUAAUAUGACAGAAUCUAGCUUGGCCGUGGUUGUUCAUGUGGAAGUACCACUGAAAGGACUAGUGGUUAAGCCCUAUCCUGCUCAAAGGGUGCUGAUGGAGUCAGUUGUGAGUUACACAGCCGACGUUCUUGAAGGCUCCAAUCCCACAUACAGAUGGACUGUUGAUGACAAGCCCUACUUUACCUAUUACAACACAGUCCUUAAUGUGAUCUAUCAACAUGCUGCCGUGUACAAGCUCACAGUGACGGCUAUGAACCAUAUCAGCAGCCUUACAGAGCAUUUCAACGUCACUGUGGACAGCCUGCAGCCUAUGACCAACCUCGCAGUGAGGGGUGUACCACAUGUGGUCCCUCAAGGCUCCACUCAGACGCUCACCGCUUCUGUGCUUGUGGACAUGUCUGUGUCGGCGACCUUUCGGUGGUCUUUUGGUGAUGGGGGAUAUAAAGAGUUUGAAAUGAAGCCUCCCUACGCUCCAUCCCUUUUUCAACCAGACUCCCCUCAUCAGGUCCUCCUAACCAACAACAUCACCUAUAUCUACUCCCAGCCAGGAAUAUACAGUGCACUGGUCUCAGUGUCCAAUCGAUACGAAAAUAUCAGUCAAAGCAUAAACAUGAGUGUCUACAGCAUCCUCACUCGUGUUGAUAUACAAACUGAGCCCCAAUUUCUCCUUGCUAGCAAAUCAGCAUAUUUUGAAGCUCAUCCUUUGCCCUCACCCUAUGGAAUUCACUAUGAUUGGAACUUUGGAGAUGAUUCUGCUCCGUGUCAAGGUCGGCGUGUGGCGCACACAUACACGCGCAGUGGUGCCUUCAAUGCCUGCGUGUCUGUAAACAACACCAUUAGUUACAACAUGGCCUGUGCUGAGAUGUUUGUAUUUGAAGAGAUAGAAAAAAUGACAGCCAAGAGCUCCUCACCUUCAGAAUUGCAUACUCCCACUAUAGUGAAAGCAGACACUGUAUCUGGCAAUAAUAUCACUUGGAUAUUUUCUAUGGGCGAUGGCAGCAAUUACACUACUUCCGAACCCCAGGUGUCGCACAGUUAUCUUAAAGAUGGCAACUACACAGUAAAUGUGACGGCUGCUAAUGCUGUGAGUUCUGGCUGCAUACUUCUCACAGUGCAGGUUUAUGUGUUUCAAGUUAUCAGGAUCGAACCUUCCGGAUGUGUCCAAGAAAACAGGCCCAUCAACUUUGAUGCAUGGAUGUCUGGCAAUGUUUCAGCCAGUCUUUUUGAAUGGAGCUUUGGAGACGGAAGCCCUGAUGAGAUACACCUCGGGAACCCCAGAGUCUUACAUACCUACAAGAUGUGUGGGAACUACCAUCUUUCCCUUAAUCUUUCCAGUGGGAUCAACAGGGCUUCCAAGGCACACUUCUCCAAAUGGGUGUGUGUGGAACCAGCCUUAACCAGCAUCCACCUUAACCUUGAGAAAACACACUAUGCCGUCGGAGAAGAGAUCAGGUUACAGGUCAGAGCAGAGCCGCAGUUUACCUACAGCUAUCUGUGGAACUUUGAUACAGGUGAAGAACCCUUACUGAUUCACGGUUCCGGGAAUGUCUUGAGAACAUAUGAAAAUCCAGGUCUGUACAGAGUGACAGUGACUGUCUCCAAUAACAUCUCCACAAGUAAUUCCAGUGUUCUGGUUGAGGUUCAGAUGCCUAUAGGGCCCAUUAUUAUUCUCCAUAAUGGCACUGAGUACAAUUACCUUAGACUUAGGGAACCCUAUUUCUUCACAACCCCGCUCUCUUCUCCUGAUGUCAAUCACACAUGGAACUUUGGAGAUGGUAACAUUUUUACAGGGCAAAGUGUCCACUACACCUACAACAUUUCUGGAAACUACAACAUUACACUGACAGCAGCCAACUCUGUCAGCAGGAAUCACACUAUUUUACCUGUUUCUGCGCUUUCACCAAUUCGUAACUUAACUGUCAAUUCCAGUCUCAUAAAUGUUCCUCUCAAUGCCUCAGUCCACUUUGAAGCUCAAUUUUUGGAGGGAGAUGAUGUCCGAUUUUCCUGGAUCUUGUGCGACCACUGCACCUCAAUUCCAGGGACCCACACCAUGUUCUACACCUUCCGCUCAGUUGGCACUUUCAAUAUCAUUGUGACAGCAGAGAACCACAUAGGGACCGCCCAAGCUAAUAUUUUCCUCUAUGUUCAACGUGAAUUGGAUGGACUCCAGAUUGUAGCCAAGGCGGAGGCGAAAGAAGGUGGAGAAACAAGAGUGGAUGGUUGCUGCUUUGCUACCAACCGUGUUCUUCACCUUCAUGCAGACUUAAAAGAAGGAACCAACAUGACUUUUAAUUGGAACAUCAUCAAUGAACUACAGCCCAUUAACUCCAGGUACAACAUCAGUGCCAAGACUACGGAGGUCAGUUUCUCCACACCGGGACCGUGUCUCAUAAUUCUUGGAGCAGCUAACCUUCUGGGCCAGCUGUCCACCAAUAGAACCAUUCACUUCUUAGAGCCAGUCGGAAGAGUGUCUCUGCAGAUCAGCAACAACCCUAUAGCUGUCAAUGCUCUUACCAAUCUGUCAGUGCCCAUUUCGGAGGGCUCAGACCUACAAUAUCGCUGGUUUGUAAAUGGAGAUAAUAUGCAGUGGAAAGAGCCCUGGAGGACUCAAACAUUUCCAACUCCUGGUCUAUAUCUGGUCACUGUGGAGGUCUUUAAUGAAGUUAGUUCCAAGCUCAUGUCUGAGAGGAUAAGCGUCCAGGAAAGAAUCUCUGGGACUGACUUCAUAGCGAUUGAUGCCAUUGAGCAGAGUUACAUAGCAACAGGGGUCCCUGUCACACUCCAUGGAAAGGUGGACAAGGGAACCAAUGUGACAUGGACAUGGACAAUCGAUGGAACAACAGAGAUCGGACAGAGCACGACGGUGGUGUUCCUGGAGCCAAAGACAGCUAGUAUUACGCUGAAUGCCAGCAAUGAUAUCAGUGAGCAAGUAGUUCCAAAGGAGCUCUUUGUUCAGGACAAGAUUCAGGGCUUGGAGCUGCGGGCAAGUAAACAGAUUGCAGUAGUCGGUGAGAGGGUAGAGUUCACCAUUUUAAUGGCAGCAGGCUCAAAUGUUGAACUGAUCCUCAGCAUCAGCGGAGAUGCCACUGUUUCACCUCAACUUAAUCAAACGUAUGUGCACGUAUUCAGCCGGGUAGAUACCUACAUGGUCAACCUCACUGCUCAUAAUCAGGUAAGCUCCAAGAGGCGACACCUCCAGGUUGAAGUGAUGGAGCCAGUACGUGGAUUGUCUAUCCACGGAAUCGCAGCAGCGAUCCCUGUUGGUGUAAAGAGAUUAUUUACCGCCAGCAUCAAAACGGGCAAGCCCGUUGGUUAUCUGUGGACUUUUGACCUGCACCACCUCCACAAGACAUCACAUUUUGGACAAGAGGUGUCCUACAUCCCAGAGGAGGCAGGUUUAUUGACCAUUUACCUGAGGGCCUUCAAUGCAUUACAUGGUCAGAACAUCACUGAGCACAUCCUUGUCCAGAACCUAUUAAAGGCUGCAGUCCUAAAUGCAACACCUCAGGACACUUUGGUCAAUAAGACUGUCACUUUGGUGGCUUCUGUCACACCCAAAUCAAAUCCUCUAGAAUGCUUCUGGGACUUCAAUGAUGGCUCUACUCCAGUUCACACCAGUACUACAAAUGUGGGCCAUGUGUUCCAGAACCCAGGAAACUACAUAGUCCAAGUCAACUGUAGUAAUCUGGUGAGCUGGGUGUGGGGUCAGGUUGAAGUAAACAUCAGUGUCCUAGAGUGUGAGGAACCAGAAGUACAAGUCAUUCAAGCCCCCCGUCUCGCCAUCUGGCGAUCCCAGCCCACUUUUGUCGAGGCCACUGUGGACCUGAAAGGCUGUGUUAUUUAUGGAGCACAAUAUUUAUGGCAAGUCGUCACAACACCAUCCUGUGACAGUAGUGACCACCUUCCCUCUCAGCCAUUACCUCAGACAGAAAUCCUUCUCCCAGUGGAGGUGGAUGUACGGCGACUACAGUUGUCGUUGCCCAAGAUGGCGCUGGCUACAGGGAACUACACUCUGGUGUUUUCUCUAUCGUAUGAAGGUGUGCCGGUGAGAAAAGCAGCCUGUCUACAACUAAGCAUCAUGGCUGAAAGGCUGGUGCCCAUCAUAGAGGGUGGCACCCAUAGGGUAUGGUCGAGGACCCAGGACCUCCAGCUCAGUGCAGAGCAGUCCUACGACCCCAAUAUGGACCCCGACAGCCAGUCACUACUCCACUACCAUUGGGAGUGUGUAAGCACAUCAAAGGGUCCAGAACACUGCUCCAGCCUGAACUUCGGCUUGGGCUACAGCGAUCCUGUACUGGGAAUAUCUGGUUCUGAGUUAGAGGAAAAUGUUGAAUACACCUUCAAACUGUCUAUCAGCAAAGAUGGAAUGACACCAGAGUCCACCACACAAACUGUGCUGGUCCAGAGUGGUCACAUUCCAAUGGUGUAUCUGGAGUGUGUGUCCUGUAGGGCCCAAUCCAUCUACGAAAUCAGCCAAAACUCGUAUGUCUACCUCCGAGGAACCUGCACGAACUGCCAAGGCUUUCACCGCGGGAGAUGGACUGCCAUGACACUGCAGAACGAGACCCUGAUCCUGGACUCGACCUCGAUCACCACAGAAAAGGACUGUAUGGACCUGGUUUUGCGGCAGGGUGCCCUUCGCCACGGAGACUCAUACAUUUUCACCCUGCACGUAACUGACGACAUGCUGGAUGGCGAGGGUGCCGCCUCCAUCACAUUGCACCACAACAUGCCUCCAGCUGGCGGGGUGUGUCACCUCAGAGCAGGAGAGUCUGGAUGGGAUAGUGCUGAUGCAGAUGUUGGAAGUUUGACAAUUCGAACACUGCUGGACAAAGUUCACUUUAACUGUUCAGGUUACAGUGAUCGAGGAAUCUCUGAGACCCCUUUACUCUACAGUUUGUUGGUGACCCGCUGCAAGGAAGACUAUUGUGAGGAGUUUUGUGUGUAUAAAGGCAGUAGUCCAGAGCAUUCAGCCUUCCUUCCCCCUGGCUUUAAAUCAGCUCGACACCGUGUAGCUGUUUCCAUCACAGUGGAGGAUCUUCAGGGAGCAACAAUCACUGCCCUCAACAAGUCUAUUGAAGUGGUGCUGCCGGAUCCACCGCCUGAGUACAGUAGCCUUCCUCACUGGCUGUCUGAACUGACUGACAGCAGACUUAAACAGCUGUUGGAACAAGGAGACUCCCAGAGGGUCAGGGAGCUAUCCUUGGCUCUUAUUACUGUCCUAAAUGAGUACGAACAGAGCAGGGAGUCCAGACGGGUGUUUUCAGCGGAGCGGGUUUACCGAGUCAGGGUCCGUAGCAACAUUACUAGGGCAUUGACUGCACUGGAUCUAAACACUGUUAAUGACAUUCAGCAAACCUCUGCGGCGCUGGCACAGUGCACGGCGGUGAGUCGAGAGUUUAUCUGUGAGGAGUGUCAGAACAGCACUCUGAAUAAACUUGAGUCCAUGUUAGAUAUUCUGCAAAAUGACACCAAGCAAGGAACAGUUACUCCAACUGAGAUAGCUGAUAACAUCCUGAACAUCAUGGGCGAUCUGAUCCAUCAAGUCAGCCAGUCGGCGUUUCACUUCCAACCCCCCUUCGUGGAUUCCCCAUCAGUUUUCUCGACUUCCCCUUUGACCCCCUCUGGUGCAUAUCACGGAGGCAUCCAUUUGGACCCAUCACCUUCCUCCUCAGAGCCACAUCCGUUGAGAGUGGCCGCCAAAGCCUAUAGCCUAUCUUCAGUCCUCAUGCUAAUUCUCAUGCACGGCCGUGUCCUGAACGAGGAACCACUUGUGCUCAGGGGAACAGAGAUAGCUGCCACGGGAAAACUGGCUGACCCCCAGAGCCUGCUGUGUUACCACGGCAACAGCAGUCCAGAAUGCCAACAGUUCUCCAUCCCCAGAGCAUUCAACAGUAGUCUUGGCAGAGCAGCUGCAGGAAACAGUGUCAUGCAGUUACUUCUUCGAUUGGAGUCCAACCCAUUCCCGUUCAAUUAUGUAGCCAACUACACAGUGUCCACUGAGGUGGCAUCCAUGGAGUUUCGCACUGAAAAUGGGACCCAGAUUCCCAUCUCCGGACUGGAUGACAAUCUUGCCAUCACUGUCGCCAUAAACAAUGGCACUAGUGGAGAGCUGGGCACAGAUUCCUCUGGUGCAGGUGGCGUGCCUCCAGCCGGAGCUGUAAACAUCAGCCGGUGCAACUCUGUCAUCGUCAGGGUGAUCACAGGCAACAACAACAGGCAGGCUGGACUCUUUAUACAGCUCAACUUCACUGCUUUGGAAGAUGCUGGAGGCGAAAUCGAGAAUGAUAUAAACUCUGAAGAGCCGUACAUCGAAGCCUACCUUCAUUCCCAUGAGCAUCCAAGUGAAUUGAACUGCACCGAGAGAAAACGUAUUACUCUCAGUAUGACCCGAAGCCAGGACUUUGACCAUAGGAAGUACACUUUCUUUCUAUCGCCUGAGAAGUAUGACACAACGCAGGACUACUUUAUCAAUGUGAGCACGCCCUGCGACACCACCUACUGGUCUGCCGGCGUUCAUCUUGAGGUGGGACUAUUUGCCUCACUGUGCCAGUACUUCAGUGAGAGUGAGAAACAGUGGCGGACAGACGGCAUGGUGCCCCUGGCGGAAACCAACUCCAGCAGAGCCGUUUGCCGCACCAGACACCUUACUGCCUUUGCCGCAGGCCUCUUUGUACCACCUCAUGCGGUCAGCUUUUCAGUGCCAAUGCGGUCUGGCCCACCUAGCUUUGUGGUGUUGCUGGUGUGUGUGCUGGGCUUUCUCUGUUAUGUUGUUGCUGCCGCCAUCUUGCACAAGUUAGACCAGCUGGACUUGCGCCGGGCUGGUGUGGUUCCACUGUGUGGCACAGAUGGGCUUUUUAAAUAUGAGGUUCAAGUCAAAACUGGCUGGACUCGUGGGGCAGGCACAACAGCUCAUGUUGGAAUCAGUCUGUAUGGCCGUGAGGGUCGCACCGGACACCGCCAUCUCGAUAGCAAGGGGGCCUUUACACGCAACGCCCUUGACAUCUUCCAUAUUGCUACUGACAAUAGCUUGGGCAGUGUGUGGAAAAUGCGCAUUUGGCAUGACAACAAAGGUUUGUCCCCAGCAUGGAUGCUACAGUACAUCUUGGUCAAGGAUUUACAGACAGGAAGCAGCUACUAUUUCCUGGUAGAUGAAUGGCUCUCGGUAGACAACGAAAAAACUGAUGGUCAAUUAGAAAUUGAAGUGGAAGCCUCAGAAGAAGGAUCGCUUCGCCACUUUCCCCGCCUCCUGCGGUGUGAGCUUCAGAGGGCGUUGUGUGAGAGUCACCUGUGGCUGUCGCUAUGGGAGAAGCCCCCUCGCAGCCCCUUUACUCGCUUGCAGAGAGCCACCUGCUGUGCUUUGUUACUGCAGUUAUUUUUGGCCUUCAACACACUGUGGUACAGCAUAGUGGUGGACGAGAGAAUCAGCUCACAAGCCAUAGGGCAAUUAUCUUCACUAAACGGCGAGACUCUAGCAGCAGGCGUGGUGACAUGUCUGAUUGCCUACCCGCUCUAUCUCCUCGUCUUUACACUGUUCAGAAUGAGCCGCAGCAAGUGUGUGUCAGUGGAGCAAGUACCUCCACCAGGGGACCAAGAGUCAGUGGAGAUUGAUUACUUCCUGGACAACUCCAUAGCUGGAAGUUCUUUCCUCUACUUUGACGGCGAGACCAACUCCGAAGAAACCAAUGUGGAUUUGCCUACUCCGUCCACCAAAAGUAUGGAGAGUUGGGGCAUGGCAGAGGAGGAGAGUGAUGACCGGGACUGGCCAGAGCUGUUGGGUCAUGUACCUGUGACAGGAGGGGCGGGACAUGGGGCGGGGAUGCCGAGGCUCAAGAGGGGACAAGGGAGCAGGCACCUUGGUGUGGAUAUGACCUUUAACCCAGAAGAUGAGGAUGAGCAAAGGCACAAAUAUUUUACUUCCUCAGAUGAGGACCUCAUCAAACACAUUUUGAGCGAUGGCCAGAAUUUCUUCCCGCAAGCAGAUGAAAGUGAGAUGGCUGAUCUGUCAAGUAUUUUGGAAGACAAUACAGAGGUGAUUCUACUCCAGAAAAUCAAUGACCCCCUUCCUCUGGAAUCAGUCAGAAGAGAACCUCCGAAAACUGCUUUCUCCUCCAAUACAGUUGUGGCAGACGUGUGUCGUCCUAGACGGUUCCCUCCCUGGUGUGGACGCGCGGCCCUGUGGGGGAGCUGGGCUGCGAUUGCCCUGGCCAAUAGUAUAUCCAUUUGGGCGGCCCACGGCUUCAAUCAGAAUGUUGCAAUGAUGUGGCUCAUCUCCAGUUUUGCUAGCUUCCUAUGCUCCUGUUUUCUCCUGGAACCAAUAAAGGUGUUGUGUGAGGCCAUCUACUAUGCAGUGUUUGUGUGUCGCCUGCGCCCUGAGGACCAGGACGUACUGGUAGAGUUCCCCACGGUGGAGAGGGUGGUGCAGCGAGUCCACAGGGUGCGCCCGCCUCAAGGCUACGCGCUGUCCCAGGACCGGCACCAGGCCCGCAAGGUCCGCAUGCUGCACACUAUGUUGAAGAACUUCCUAGUGUACAUGUUCUUCUUGUUGGUGGUUCUUUUACUCAACUACUCGGAUUCUGCCAAAGAAACACACAGCCUGAGGCUGCAUACUCAAUUACAACGUGUGCUACAUACACCUGAGUACCACAACAUCAGCAGCCGCCAUGAUGUUCUGGCUUGGCUGAACCGAUCCUUGUUACCUCGCCUUCUGAAUGACUCCGCACUCCUUGGACACACAGGAAGUGUCUUACUCGGCACCAUGAGACUCAGACAAAUCAACUACAUGCAAGUUCUAUCUGGUUCCCGAUCAGGGGACUUGUGGGGACAAGGGUGGCCUAACAUUACAGCUUCUGGUGCUGCCGUUCUGUUGAAUAACUCCACAGACUUGGUGCUCCAGUUGAACAGAAGUCUGGAAGAGGCCAGUAUCUCCCUGCAGCAGCGUCAGCAACAACACUGGCUUGAUGAAAGGAGCCGUGCUUUGUUUGUGGAGUUCUCACUGUACAACAUCAACACAAAACUCUUGGCAGUGUUUUCUUUCCUCUUCGAGUUCCCAGUUUCUGAGCGUGCUCAGUCCAGCCUCGACCUCGUAGUCAUCACUCUGUGGCCAAUCACGGGGCUGGAUCUGCAGCUUCUUUUAACGAUGGUCCUUCUUAUCCUGGUGUUCUAUUUCCUGGUGCGGGGGAUUUUGGGAUGCCUCCGCGAAGGCUACUCAUACCUGUUGUCCACCUGGAGACUCCUGGGCAUCUGUAAACUUACCAUAGCGGCAUCUGUAUGCGGCCUGCAUCUGAGCAGGUGCGUCAUGGCCCAGCAGCUAUGGACGCUGUACCUCCGUCACCCACGAGAUGCCUUCACAGACUUCUACCCCCUCGCCAAACGAACUCAGAUGUAUACAGUCAUGGCGGCCUUGCUACUUUUCAUUUUGGUGCUCAAGGCUUCUCAUCAGUUGCGGUUCUUGCGAGAGUGGGCCGUGUUUGGCCGAGCUCUGCGACGCUCCGUCUGGGAAUUGCUGGGCGUCGCUCUAGCCCUGCUGCUGUUGCUCCUGGCCUACUCACACACUGGACACCUGCUCUUCCACUCGGUCUUCGAUGGCUACGGUAGUGUCAGCGCCACCUGUCUUUCAUUGCUCGGCGCUAGCGGCCGCGGUCUGUUGUCACCAGACCCUUCAUGGACACUCACCGGGCCUUCCGGUGGCGUGUUCUCCCUGGUGUUCCACACGAGUUUUGCCGUGCUCCGGUUGCUGUUGAUCUGGUUGGUCACCUCCAUUUUACUGAGGAACUACCGGCGCGGACGGGCAGAGUUGUACCGACCCGCUGUAGAUCUGCAAGACUACGAAAUGGUCGAGCUGUUUCUCAGAAGACUGAAAAUGUGGAUGGGGCUGAGCAGGACCAAGGAGUUUCGUCACAAGGUUCGUUUCGAAGGAAUGGAGCUGCCCCCAUCUCGCAGUUCCUCAACCAGCGACUGCAAGUCUCUGUGUUUACCUCCGCUGGACCGCCCCGACUCUCCGUCCACCCCGGACAGCGUCGACGGCGGCUCUGAGGCUUCCUGGUGCCCGGCACCGUCCAGUCCCUGCAGCCUAACAGAAGCUCCCGGCGUCGGCCCGGGCCUCGGCAUAGCUCUAGGCCCCGGAGCGCCCGCCGGCUGGAGGGAGAGGGCAGAAACCGAGGCCGCGCUCAAGAGGCUGCUGCCCACGUUUGAUGCCCUGCUACAACAGCUGGACCGUGUCACCAUCUCGACCGAGGACGUAUUUCAUAUGGAAUGCCAACUGGAGCGAGCGCAGAGGAAGAGGAGACGGCGAGGAAGAGCGAGAGGAGGGGAGAAAGGACAGCGUGAAAAAGGGGCGCGCAAAGACAGGAAGAGCAGCAAAAACAAGAACAAAGUGGGCAAGAAAGUCAAAAAAAGGGAGACGAGUGAACUUUCAACAGAGUGUCGAGACUCAGCCGACCCCAAGGCGACACCUGCUCCAAAGUCUAAAGCACUCCCUGUCCGCUCACCUUCCUCCAAUACCUCUGUCACCGCCCCCCCGCCGACUCCAAUAACUGCCCCCGCCACGCCACCCGUGUUGCCAGCCGAUACCCCCUUUUCCCAUUACCAGCCUCCCAAAUUGAGCACGGGGCCUCCGCGCACCCCUACGGGCAGAGAGCACUUCCCUGCCGAGAAGGAGCCCCUACCCUCCUCAAGCCUGUUCAACCACCCAGCACACACCACGACCAUCCCUACGCACAAGCGGAAACGCAAGCCUCCGCCGCUUAAAAACAAGGUGCACCCCAACUAA